CCGCCUCUUUUUGAUUCUUUCAAGCGUGGGUCCAUUGUUAUUGUAAACAAUUCCCAAACUAAAUAACGUUCAUACAUAAAUUGACAAAAAGAAGGCAAUGCGAUCCUACAGCCAGGAUUUGAGCGGCGGACUCGAGAAUGUUCCUGUUUUGAUUGAAAACAGUGUCCCAAAAGAGGCUCUCCUCCAAUUUCAGUAUGUGCCAGAGAAUGUACAAGGACCUGGCUGUGACCUUGACCCGAGUGCGGUGACUCUCCCCGGCUGCUCGUGUCGUGUCCAGUCCUGCUUCCCUGAAAGCUCCUGCCUGAGAUUUGGCCAGAUGUACGACACCAAAGCCUGUCUGAACCAACAUCCACAGGACGGCACAUACAGCAGGCCAGUAUUCGAGUGCAAUGCUUUCUGCUCCUGCGGCGAGUCCUGCCAAACCCGCGUGGUCCAGAACGGGGUGUGUGUCCGUCUAGGUGUGUUCAGCACCAUGGACAGAGGUUUGGGGGUUGAGGCUCUAGAGCACCUUCCUUGUGGCCGAUUUGUAUGUGAAUAUGCUGGGGAAGUCAUUGGGAUUGAUGAAGCCCGUCGCCGUCAGCUUUCUCAGACACCUUUUCAUAUGAAUUAUAUCAUCACGGUGCAGGAGCAUAGAGGAUUGGACAGGGUCACCCAAACUUUUGUGGACCCGGUGAAUUUAGGCAACGUUGGGAGGUUCAUCAACCACUCGUGCCAGCCAAAUCUGGUCAUGCUGCCCGUCCGGGUGCAUUCUGUGCUGCCCAGACUCGCUCUGUGCAAUCGGGAUAUUGCAUGCAAUGAAGAGCUGACGUUUGACUAUUCAGGAGCAAACAGCAGUGCAGAAACGGCUAAACUGGAUGAAAAGACUCACGUUGGAGCUGAUGGUAAGGAAAUACCUCAGAAGAAAGUCUGUCAUUGUGGGGCUUCGAAUGUUCUGGAUUUGCCGUUGGAUAUGUCAAUUCUUCAUUAA